AGUCUAUCUACAAAGUUGUUGCUCAGUCAGGGAACUGAAGCACAAAAAAGAUCAUGCUAAAGCCCAGCCGCGUAAACCGCGCGCUCUAUCAACAUCAAUGACUGUAAACGCGACUUUGCAGCGCGUGCGGGAUGAACUGUCCUCCUUUCCCUCGCGCGCGUUACAGCACGCGCCUCUGUUCAGGGGGAACUACACGCUCGCGCUGCUGGUGAACGCGACGGGCGCGGGGCCGCAGCAGGACCUGGAUGUGAACACGGACCUGUACUCGCGGGUGGCGGUGACCGUGCUGUACGCGCUGCUCUUCGCGCUCGGGCUGUUCGGGAACUCCACGGCGCUCUACAUCUUCUUCCGACGGAGAGCAGUGCGCCACCUGCAGGGCGCUGUGCACUACCACCUCGCGAGCCUCGCCGUGUCCGACCUGCUGGUGCUCGCGCUCUGCAUGCCGGUGGAGCUCUACAACUUCAUCUGGAUCCACCACCCGUGGGCGUUCGGCCAGGCCGCCUGCAGGAGCUUCUACCUGCUGCGGGACGGCUGCGCGUACGCCAGCUCGCUGAGCGUGACCAGUCUGAGCGUGGAGCGCUACGUGGCGCUGUGCCACCCGCUAAGAGCCAAGAGCGUGCUGUCGCGCGGCCGCACGCGCCGGGUCAUCCUCGCGCUGUGGGCGGCGUCGCUACUGCUGGCCUCGCCGAUGCUCUUCACCAUGGGGGAAAGGCACGUGGGGGAGGAGCGCAUCUGCACCACCAUCGUGUCCUCGAGCACCGCCAAACUCGUCCUGCAGGUGAAUGCUCUACUCUCAUUUGCUGUGCCAAUGCUGGUCAUCUCCACAAUGAAUGGACUAAUUGGACGACAACUCCAGCAAAUACCCAAUGAGACCUUGCUCCCUACCUACAGCUACCAAACAACAAGUUGUAUCAAAAUUGAGAGCGGUCGCAUGCGCUCACUUCGCCAUGGAGUUAAAGUCCUACGUGUGUUGGUUAUUGCCUUUGUGGUGUGCUGGUUGCCAUACCAUGCACGUCGCCUAAUGUUCUGUUAUGUCACAGAAUGGACGAGUGCGCUGUAUGAUUUUUACCACUACUUCUACAUGGUGACCAACGUGCUUUUCUACAUGAGCUCAGCCAUCAACCCCAUCCUUUAUAACCUAGUCUCGUCCAGUUACCGCCAGAUUUUCUUCUCCACCAUUGGCUACUUCUGCUGGAGUUCAAGAAAGCUGAAGGUGAAAGGAAAUAACAGGAGCCUGCAGUUUCCUCAUCAGGCUCUAACAACUUUGGCCACACCCUGCAACAGCCAGCACACAAUCAGCUCAACGGAUGUGAUGGAGACUAUUAACUGAUAUGAAUUAUAUGAAUUUCAUAUCAUUUGGAGCCAUUGUGUGAGAAUUUAUUUGUACUUUAGCUAAAAUAGCUCACAAGAAUGACUGUAGGUUAACUGUAUUUAACAUUUUAUGGCAUCAGUAUUUAUAAGACUUUACUUUAAAUAAACUACAUUUUACAAGUCUUACUUAUCAGAACCUAUAGUUUCUUAAAUAAGCACAGAAAGCAUUCCUAUACUUUGUGUGUGGUGUUAUCUACAGUAUUUCCUUUUUGUGUUAGUAUACAUAUUUGAAACAUGCUGUUUUUGUAUUAAAUAGUCUUUCAGCUUUCAUUGUUUUUCUGAAGAACAAACAUGACUGUAUUGCAGUUGUUGAUGUACGCAUACUCUUGUCCUAAAUGAGGCAAUUUAACACGCCUCGAGUCUUCACUGGUUCCUAGUAAAAGUGUGCGUUAGACAUAAAACUAGCCUACAGAACCAAAAAUAGUCCAGCUCCCCUACCAGAAUCUGUACCUAGAGCCCUUACCUGCUUCAAUUUGAACCUUGAACUCUUAGGAUGCACAGAAGACAAACACCCAGAUUAUUUUGGGUCCUGGAACCAGGGUGCUGAAAGGAGUGUCCAAAUCACUUGCUAUCUUCAAAAGUCAGCUUGAUCGGCACUAAAAUGUGCUAUAUAAAUAAAGAUGACUUGACUUGAUUUUACGUUUAGCCAAAUAAAGUCUCUUUAUUAUUUAAACCAUGUCUCUUGAAUCAUUUAACACUAAUGUUCCAUUUCAUUUACACAAGUAGCCUCCUGUCAUUU